AUGGCACAGUCCCACACAUACUUACAUGUUCACACGCCAAUGAUUUGCAGGCGGUUGUUGGCGUUUGCGUUGGUGGGCCUCGCUGGCGUCUGCCAGUGCGUCACGAUCCGCCACAAACAUCACCAUCAUCAUCAUAAACGGGGACGGCAGUCAAAGGUUGUGUUGAAGCCAAAAGCCAAACACGAAGCAGGCUCGAUCAGAUCGACAGAGUGGGUUGACAACGUCUCGUUCGUGCUCCCCGUGAAUGGCAUCGCGCAGCCCGAGACGAAGACGGCGGUCGUGACGUUCGCGGGCAAGAAGAACCCCGAGUACAUCGAUGGGGCCGUAAUGCUGGCCAUGUCAGUCAAGCAGCAUUUGCCACACAUGCACAUGGCGGCCAUGAUCAUUGAGCAAAUGAAGAAGGAUAAGCAGAGGCUUCUGAGAAAUGCUGGUUGGAAAACAGUUGUUGUACCGAAUUGGGACGCCGAGUAUUGCGGAGAAGAUUGUGACCUAGAGUUCUUGGGGCGUUGGCAUGACAGGUUCGACGGAUUAAUUGCUUCCGCCUGCCCUUCGAAAGGGUGA